AUCUUACAGGCGAGGUCGGGUUCGGUCCUCUUCUGAAUCCGACGCCAUCCUCCUUGGUGCUUAACUUGGCAUCCAAUUCACAGCCAUGCCGCCCAAGUUCGACCCCAACGAGAUCAAAGUCGUAUUCUUAAGAUGCACUGGGGGCGAAGUUGGUGCCACUUCAGCUCUGGCUCCAAAAAUUGGGCCUCUAGGUUUGUCUCCCAAAAAGGUGGGUGAUGACAUUGCCAAGGCUACCGGUGACUGGAAGGGCCUGAGGAUCACAGUUAAGCUGACCAUCCAGAACAGGCAAGCUCAGAUUGAGGUGGUCCCAUCAGCCUCUGCCUUGAUCAUCAAAGCUCUGAAGGAGCCUCCCCGUGACCGCAAAAAGCAGAAAAACAUUAAGCACAGUGGCAAUGUCAGCUUUGAGGAGAUCGUGAACAUCGCCCGGCAGAUGCGUCACCGAUCCUUGGCCCGGGAACUCUCAGGAACCAUUAAGGAGAUCCUGGGAACAGCCCAGUCUGUUGGCUGCAAUAUCGAUGGGCGACAUCCUCACGACGUCAUCGAUGACAUCAAUAGCGGUGCAGUUGAAUGUCCUCCAAGCUAAGACUGCUACCUGAAUGGACAUGAUGCAACUUAAGCAAGUUCUGUAUGGUGAAUAUUAGUAAUAAAUGCAGUUACACUUGUAA